GCUCGCUGCCUGUCGGAGAGGAGAGCGCGGCGGCGGACGGAGGCGUUCUAGCCUGCCCCGACGACCCUCUCCCCGCUCGUCCCCGGGCCGCGUCCCCGCGCCACAGGCUUCUUGCUCAGGAGUUAUUGGUUGAUUUGAGAUGGACAGGGCUACACAUUUCAUACCUGGCCCUAAUCAGGAGCUCUUGGAUAUCAAGCCUUUAAGAUCUUUAGCUCCGAUGUUCCCUGCGCCCAUGGGAGUCAACAUUAAUCAGUCAAGCACCCCACCGUUGGUCUGCGUGACACCGGUUGGCCAGUUUCCUACAGGAUUUGGUGCAGGGAACCUUCCUGCCUUUGGAUCAUUUGCCACCUUCAGUGCUACUGCAAAUGGUUUCUCGCAUGGAGGCACCAGUGCUAAUGGGCCCAUUGAUGCUACCCCUAUCUCAGCAUACAAGACGAGAUCAUCUGGGGUUACAUAUAAUGGUGAUGAUGAACCUCAUUCGGGUAAUCAGACGAGAUCAUCUGAACGCAAGGCUAAGAGGUCUGCCACUUUGGCCGCUGACGGCACAAAGAUCAAGCGUCCUAAGCCUGUGUACAAGAAUCUUGUCGCUGGCAAAGAGCUUGCUUUUUUGCCACCUUCAAAUAGUAAUCCUAGGGAGACUGUUGAAGUAGUUCAUAUGAUCUUCGAGGCGCUCAGACGUAGACAUCUGCAGAUGGAUGAAACACAGGACGCUAGCAGACGUGCAGACCUGAAAGCUGGCGCCAUCAUGAUGGCUAGUAAUAUCAGGGCCAAUGUGGGAAAGAAGGUUGGGACUGCUCCUGGAGUUGAAAUAGGGGAUAUUUUCUAUUUCAGGAUGGAGCUAUGCAUCAUUGGUUUGCACGCUCCUAGCAUGGGUGGCAUUGAUUACAUGAGUGCUAAGUUUGGAAAUGACGAGGAUUCUGUAGCAAUAUGUAUUGUCGCAGCAGGCGGGUAUGAGAAUGAGGAUGAUGACACAGAUACACUGGUGUACAGUGGUUCAGGUGGUAAUAGUAGGAAUACUGAGGAGAGGCAUGACCAGAAGCUUGAGAGGGGCAACCUUGCUCUUGAGAGGAGUUUGCACAGGAAGAAUGAGAUAAGGGUUGUGCGGGGAUUCAAAGAUCCAGCUUGCGUGGCUGGCAAAAUCUACAUAUAUGAUGGCCUGUAUAAGAUCCAAGAGUCCUGGAAGGAGAGAACAAAGUUUGGCAUCAAUUGCUUCAAGUACCGGUUGCAGCGUGAACCUGGACAGCGUGAUGGAGCUGCAAUAUGGAAGAUGACUCAACAAUGGAUACAAAAUGCAUCAACACGAGGCAGGGUUCUACUAGCUGACCUAUCAUCUGGGGCUGAAACAAUGCAAGUUUGUCUCGUCAAUGAGGUAGACCAUGAGAAAGGACCUGGACAUUUCACCUAUACUAAUGAGGUCAAAUACUUGAGACCCCUCAGUUCUAUGAGACCGUUGCAGGGUUGCCAUUGCCAGAGUGUUUGCCUACCUGGUGAUUCCAACUGCGAUUGUGGGCAGCAUAAUGGAGGGGAUCUACCCUACAAUUCAUCAGGAGUGUUGGUGUGCCGCAGGCCAGUAAUAUAUGAAUGUGGGGAAGCUUGCCAUUGUUCCCUGAACUGUCGCAACAGAGUGACGCAAAAAGGGAACAGAUACCACUUUGAGGUGUUCAGGACCACAAAUCGAGGCUGGGGUCUUCGCUGCUGGGACCCUAUUCGUGCUGGUGCAUUUAUUUGUGAGUAUGUUGGGGAGGUCAUUGAUGAGCUCAAAGUUAAUUUGGAUGAUAGUGAAGAUGACUACAUUUUUCAGACUGUGUGUCCUGGUGAGAAGACGUUAAAAUGGAAUUUUGGGCCUGAAUUGUUAGGCGAGGAAAGCACAUAUGUAUCAGCUGAUGAAUUUGAGCCACUGGCCAUCAAGAUAAGUGCAAAAACUAGGGGAAAUGUCUCACGUUUCAUGAACCACAGUUGCUCCCCAAAUGUCUUCUGGCAGCCAGUGCAGUACAACCAUGGCGAUGACAAGCACCCACAUAUCAUGUUCUUUGCACUUAAUCACAUCCCACCCAUGACAGAACUAACUUUCGACUAUGGUGUGGUUGGAGAGCCCAGCAUUAGGACCAGGAACUGCCUGUGUGGAUCAUCAGCCUGUCGCAGGGUAUUUUGAUCCAUUUGGGAGCACGCACAUUGUGGUGGAUCAACAUGUAAGCCUUGAUGUUUCUGCUGCUACCUAGACCUACAUUGGCUUUCUAUCUAUGUGAACUGCAAGAUGGACCAGUCUGAACUGUGAAGACAGUAAAUUAUGUUCAAGUCGUAGAAUUCCCUGUCGUGCUAAGGCCUUACUUGGCUUCUGUCGAAUGGUGGCUUCGUGCACACCAUUUCUUUCGCUACUUCUCGAUGUGUGUAUUGAAGUGUUUGCUGCCGAUCUGUCCUUUUUGCCCAUCCAUUUGCAACAUCAUGUCUAGUCUUAGCAUCAGUUUUAACUGGACCUGUGGUUGUUAGCUGUGACUUGUCAGACUCGGAGCUGUAAAAACAUGUGGCGUAGUCUCAUCUUGCAAUGGGAUCAGAAUUGUUAGUUA